AUGUUUGAUUGGAUACAUGGAAACUCUCGAUUACCACUCGCGUUAUCUGUUGUGGAGCUCUUGGUAGAUAUGGAUUGCCAAGGAUGUGAAAAGAAGGUUCGGAAAGCCAUAUCCAAACUCGAUGGAGUGGAUACGAUAGAGAUAGACGUGGAUAGACAAAAAGUGACGGUCACAGGGUACGUUGAUCGCGACGAGGUACUCAAGAUGGUGAAAAGAACGGGACGAACAACGGAAUUCUGGCCAUUUCCUUAUAACGGAUAUUAUGGAGACUAUUAUACAUAUCCCGUUCAAUACUUGGAACAAUAUGAUCAUCAUCAGAAGAUAAUAAAUCAUUCAGAAAAUACAUUUUCAUACAAUAGCAGGAAGUACGAUUAUGACAACGACGAAUCUCAAAAUGGUUAUUAUUACCCUCGUCCGUCUCAAAAAGUAGAUGAAAAUGCUCUUCAUCUCUUUAGCGAUGAUAAUGCACAUGCUUGUGUUAUCAUGUGA